CCUUUUCCGGUCGUCAACAUGUCGGCGAAAACCAAGAAAACGAGCUCAGAUGAGAAACGUGAAAAAAAUGUUAUGAGGGAUUUGAAAAUCCAGAAGUUGUGCUUGAACAUCUGCGUUGGCGAGUCUGGAGAUAGAUUGACUAGGGCCGCUAAGGUGCUCGAACAGUUGACUGGUCAAACUCCAGUUUUUUCAAAGGCACACUACACAAUCCGUUCAUUUGGAAUUAGAAGAAAUGAAAAAAUCGCCGUACACUGCACAGUAAGAGGCUCAAAGGCGGAAGAAAUCCUCGAAAAAGGAUUAAAAGUUAAGGAAUUUGAAUUGAGGAAGGGAAACUUCUCUGAUACUGGAAACUUCGGAUUCGGAAUUAACGAACAUAUUGAUCUUGGAAUCAAGUAUGAUCCUGGAAUAGGUAUUUACGGAAUGGACUUCUACAUCGUCCUAGCCAGAGCUGGUUUCAACGUACCACAUAGAAGAAAGAAGACCGCCAAAAUCGGUGCUUCUCACCGUGUACUAAAAGAGGAUGCCAUCAAAUGGUUCCAACGUAAAUACGAUGGUAUCAUUCUCCCAGGAAAGUAA